AUGAAGCAGGCGACGUGCCUGCAAUCUGUACAGACGCAGCUGGGGCAUCUUGACUGGUGUGCAUCGCCUAGUCUACCUGCACCCCGGAUCCAAGACAACCUCCUGCCUUUCGAGAGUGAGUCGACUGGCCGGCCGAGUUGUCAUGUGGACACACCCCUUUCCACCGUGUAUGCAGCCACGCUCAGUCCCUUUGCUCUGUACCGCAGUUUGCCGCAGCCUCCCCAGGUUCCCAGCUCACAUCGUGCCAAUCCUGACUUCCGUGGUGAUCGAUGCAAGCCGUUGUCCCUCAAAACUUCGUUGGCCUGGGCGGUGACAGCUCGAGUCAUCGGAGUUGAGUCGAAGAAGAGGUCCUACCAGUACGCCUGCACGCUCAUGAAGCCUGAGUACCGGAAAGAUGUGUCCGAGCAGUACAAAAAGAAGAUCGAGAACAUCGUCCGAAAGCCACCUCCGGAGGUUGAUCAGAGAGACGCACUUGAGGCGAGCCUGCCGUGCAUGUACUGCGGCUUCAACUUUGCAGAGUCACAGCUCGAUUGCUUAAACUGCAAGAACAUCUCGCCCUUUUGCAUCGCUAGCGGCAUGCGCAUGCUGAAGGAGGACUGGUCAAAUUGCCCGGCAUGCAAUUUUCCUGCCAGGUAUUCAGUCUUCUCUGCCAUGCUGCAGGCGAAUGAGCAGUGUCCGAUGUGUGAUGCUGUCGUGAAGCCUGAAGAACUUGUGCUGGU